GUGCCCAGCUGCCCCACCUUGCCAGAGCCCAGCUGAGCAGCCAGCGAGGACACACGCCUCCUGCCCACCACGCCCGACGGCCCUCCUGCGCCUGCCGAGCCCAGCCUGAGCUGGCACCUGCCUUUAGCACCAUGUUCAAGGGGCUGAGCAAAGGCUCCCAAGGGAAGGGGUUCCCGAAGGGCUCCCCGGCCAAGGGCUCCCCUAAGGGCUCCCCCAGCAAGCACAACCGUGCUGCCACCCAGGAGCUGGCCCUGCUCAUCUCCCGCAUGCAGGCCAACGCUGACCAGGUGGAGAGGGAUGUCCUGGAGACCCAGAAGAAGCUACAGCAGGACCGGCUGCGCAGCGAGCAGAGCCAGGCCCUGCAGCACCAGCAGGAGACAGGCCGCAGCCUGAAGGAGGCCGAGGUGCUGCUGAAGGACCUCUUCCUGGAUGUGGACAAGGCCCAGCGGCUCAAGCACCCACAGGCAGAGGAGAUUGAGAAGGACAUCAAGCAGCUGCACGAGCGGGUGGCCCAGGAGUGUGCCGAGUACCGCGCCCUGUAUGAGAGGAUGGUGCUGCCUCCUGACGUGGGGUCCAGGAUUGACUGGGCCCGUGUGCUGGAGCAGAAACAGAAGCAGGUCUCUGAGGGCCACUAUGGGCCAGGCGUGGCGGAGCUGGAGCAGCAGAUUGCUGAGCACAACAUCCUGCAGAAGGAGAUCGAGGCCUAUGGGCAGCAGCUGCGCAGCCUCAUAGGGCCGGACGCAGCGCCCAUCAGGAACCAAUACCGGGACAUACUGAAGGCAGCCUCAUGGCGCAGGCAGAGCCUGGGCAGCCUGUACACGCACCUGCAGGGCUGCACACGCCAGUUGAGUGCCCUGGCCCAGCAGCAGCGCCGCAUCCUGCAGCAGGACUGGAGCGACCUCAUGGCGGACCCAGAGGGCGUGCGGCGGGAGUACGAGCACUUCAAGCAGCAGGAGCUGCUGAGCCAGGAGCAGUGUGUGAACCAGCUGGAGGACGAUGGCGAACGCAUGGUGGAGCUCGGGCAUCCGGCUGUGGGGCCCAUCCAGGCCCACCAGGAGGCCCUGAAGAUGGAGUGGCAGAACUUCCUGAACCUGUGCAUCUGCCAGGAGAGCCAGCUACGGCACGUGGAGGACUACCUCAGGUUCCAGGAAGAGGCCGACUCCAUCAGCCAAACCCUGGCAAAGCUCAACUCCAGCCUGGACACCCAGUAUAGUCCUGCCCCUGGGGGUCCCCCUGGUGCCCCCACAGAGCUGCUGCAACAGCUGGAGGCAGAGCAGCAGCAGCUGGCCAUCGCCGAGAAGACUGUCGGGGCCCUGCAGCGGCAGAGCCAGGAGGUGGCCCCUCUGCAGCAGCGCAGGACCCCUCCCCAGCAGCCCCUGCAUGUGGACAGCAUCUGUGACUGGGACUCUGGAGAAGUGCAGCUGCUGCGGGGUGAGCGGUAUACGCUGAAGGACAACACGGACCCGCACACCUGGGUCGUGCAGGGCCCAGGUGGGGAGACCAAGCAUGCCCCAGCCGCCUGCUUCUGCAUCCCGGCUCCAGACCCUGCAGCCGUGGCCAGGGCCUCCAAGCUGGCCUCGGAGCUGCAGGCCCUGAAGCAGAAGUUGGCCACAGUCCAGAGCCAUGUGAAGGACAGUGCUGUGCACCCCUUACGACCUGGCCAGCAGGGUACCAAGGGCUGGCCGGGGACCUGGGGCAGUGCCCUGGACCCUCACAGGCACCCUAUCCCCCCAGCUCCGACCAACUCAGCCCCAGUCGACCCACAGGCCCAGAAGCUCCUGACACAGAUGACCCAGCUGGGCAGGGACCUGGGGCAGAUAGAGGAGCAGGUGCUGGCCUGGGCCCGGACCCCGCUGAGCCGCUCCGCUCCGCUGGAGGACCUGGAGGGUCGCAUCCAAAGCCACAAGGACACAGUGCAGCGGCUGCAGAGCCUGGGAGCAGAGAAGGCCGCCGCCCAGCAGGAGUGUGAGGAGUCUCUGUCUGCACAGCCUGUGGGCCCUGACGCUCUGCAUCUGCCUGUGGCCCUCAACAAUGUCAAGAACAAGUACAGAGACAUGCAGAUUCUCUGCAACCUCUGUGGAGAGAAAGCCAUGGCCACCCUGGGUCUGGAACGGCAGAUCCAGGACGCAGACAGGGUCAUCCGAGGCUUUGAGUCUACCCUGGUGCAGGAGGCCCCCAUCCCUGCUGGCCCGGGUGCACUGCAGGAAAGGGUCAGCGAGCUUCAGCGCCAGCGGAAGGAGCUGCUGGGGCAGCAGGCCUGUGUGCUGGGGCUGCACCGGGAGCUGAAGGCCACUGAGCAUGCGUGUAGCGCUCUGCAGAACAAUUUCCACGAGUUCUGCCAGGACUUGCCUCGCCAGCAGCGCCAGGUGCGGGCCCUCACCGACCGCUACCACGCCGUAGGGGACCAGCUGGACCUGCGGGAGAAGAUGCUGCAGGAUGCCAGCCUCACCUACCAGCAGUUCAAGAACUGCAGGAACAACCUGAGCUCCUGGCUGGAGCACGUGCCCAGCAACCAGGUGCGGCCCAGUGACGGGCCCAGCCAGAUCUCCUACAAGCUGCAGGAGCAGAAGAGGCUGCUGCAGGAGAUCCGGGGCCACGAGCAGGACAGAGCUGCGGCGUGCCGUCUCUCCCAGGAGCUGCAGGCAGCUCUCCAGGACUACGUGCUGCAGGCAGACACCUACUGCUAUUCCCUGGAGCCCACGUGGGCAGGGCCAGCCCCCAAGAGACCUCGAGCGGCUCCCCUGCAGGAGAGCAUCCAGGCCCAGGAGAAGAACCUGACUAAAGCCUAUACUGAGUUUGCAGCUGCCCACCAGCAGCAGCUGCACCGGCUGGAGUUUGCCAGCAAGAUGCUGGAGAAGAAGGAGCUCAGUGAGAACAUCCAGGUGACCCAUGAUGAACAAGCAGGGAAGGAGGCAGAGGCCCUGAAGUCCCAGCUGGAGGAAGAGAGGAAGCUGGUGGCCCGGGUGCAGCAGGAGCUGGAGGAGCAGAGGAACCAGUUACUGCAGUUGAAAACCCAGCAGCCCUUGGAGAGGCUGGAAGAGAGGGAAGUGGUGGAGUUCUACCGGGACCCCCAGCUGGAAAGCAGCCUGUCCAGGGUGAACUCCCAGGUGGAAGAUGAGGGUAGGAAGCGGGCCGUCCUGCAAGCAGAGUUGGAGGUAGUGGCCCAGAAGGUCGUCCAACUGGAGAGCAAGAGGAGGGAUGUGCAGCCUCAUCUGCUGACCAAGGAGGUCACCCACAUCGAGCGGGACCCCGGCCUAGAAAGCCAAGUGUCCCAGCUCAGCAGUGAGGCCCAGCACCUGCGGGAAGAGAACAUUGCUGUCUUGGCCUGGCUGGAGGAGCUAAAGGAGGAGCUGCUGGCCCUUGAGCAGAAGGAGGCAAACGUGAAGGAAAAGGUCGUGGUGAAAGAAGUGGUCAAGGUGGAGAAGGACCUGGAGAUGGUCAAGGCAAUCCAGGCACUGAGGCUGCGGACUGAGGAGGAUGCUGCACAGAGGAAGGGGGCAGAGGCAGCCGUGACCAAGCUGCAGGCUCGCAUUAAAGACCUGGAGCGGGCAAUCAGUGCUGUGGAGCCUAAGGUGAUCGUGAAGGAGGUGAGGAAGGUGGAGCAGGACCCGGGCCUUCUCAAAGAGGUGUCCCAGCUGAGGAACCUUCUGGAGGAGGCGAGAAGUAAGAAUGAGACGCUGGCCCAGGAGCUGCAGGGAUUGCACAGCAAGCACAGCGUGGUAGAGAAGCAGAAGCCCAAAGUGGAAUUCCAGGAGCGUGUCCACGAGACCUUCCACGUGGCCCCGGAGACAGAGCAGGAGAUGGUUCGGCUCAGGGCUGAGCUGCAGGAGACCACCAGCAAGAGAGGCAGGGUGGAGGAAGAGGUGGGGCGGCUGCUGGCAGAGCUGGCUGUCCUGCGCACCCAGAAGCCCGAGGUGGAGUACAAGCAGGUGACACAGGAGGUGGUGAAGCACGAGAAGAGCCCUGAGGUGCUGCGGGAGAUCGAUCGCCUGAAGGCUCAGCUCAACGAGCUGGUCAACGGCAGCGGGCGGGCCCAGGAGCAGCUCAUCCGGCUGCAGGGGCAGCGCGACGAGUGGAGGCGGGAGCGGUCCAAGGUGGAGACCAAGACGGUGACCAAGGAGGUGGUGCGCCACCAGAAGGACCCCGUCCUGGAGAAGGAGGCUGCACGGCUCCGCCAGGAGGUGCGAGAAGCAGCUCAGAAGAGGCGCGCCACGGAGGAUGUUGUCUACGAGCUGCAGAACAAGUACCUGCUGCUGGAGAGGAGGCGGCCCGAGGAGAAGGUGGUGGUGCAGGAAGUGGUGGUCACCCAGAAGGACCCAAAGCUCCGCGAGGACCAUGGCCGGCUGAGCCGGAGUUUGGAUGAGGAGGUGGGCCGGCGGCGGCAGCUGGAGCGGGAGGUGCAGCAGCUGCGGGCCGGCGUGGAGGAGAAGGAGGGCCUGCUCAGCUUCCAGGAGGACCUCGGCAAGAAGCUGGCUGUGGAGAAGGAGCUGCGGCAGCUGACCUUGAGGAUCCAGGAGCUGGAGAGGCGGCCUCCUGCGGUGCAGGAGAAGAUCAUCAUGGAGGAGGUAGUCAAGCUGGAGAAAGACCCAGAUCUGGAGGAGUCCACGGAAGCCCUGCGGCAGGACCUGGACCAGGAGAAAACCCGGGUGAUGGAGUUGCAUCGGGAGUGCAAGAACCUGCAGGUCCAGAUCGACAUCCUCCAGAAAACCAAAUCUCAGGAGAAGACUAUCUACAAGGAAGUGAUCAGGGUAGAGAAAGACCGGGUGCUGGAGGGGGAGCGGUCCCGGGUGUGGGAGGCGCUCAACAGGGAGCGCGUGGCCCGGCAGAACCGGGAGAAGGAGGUGCUGCGCCUGCAGGAGCGGAUUGACAGGGCCGAAGCGCUGAGGAGGACCUGGUCCCGGGAGGAGGCUGAGCUCCAGAAGGCCCGUGACCAGGCCAGCCAGGAACACAGCCAGCUGCAGCAGGAGCUGCAGGAGCUAGAGAGGCAGAAGCAGCGAACAGUGCUGCAGCUGCAGGAGGAGUCCGAGCUGCUCAGUCAGAAGACGGAAAGCGAGCGGCAGAAGGCAGCCCAGCGGGACCAGGAGCUCUCGCAGCUCGAGGCAGCCGUCCUCCGCGAGAAAGACCAGAUUUACGAGAAGGAGCGGACCCUCAGGGACCUUCACACCAAGGUGAGCCGAGAGGAGCUCAACCAGGAGACCCAGACGCGAGAGACCAACCUGUCCACUAAGAUCUCCAUCUUGGAACCUGAGACAGGGAAGGACAUGUCCCCGUACGAGGCCUACAAGAGGGGUAUCAUCGAUCGAGGUCAGUACCUCCAGCUCCAGGAGCUCGAGUGUGACUGGGAGGAGGUCACCACCUCGGGACCCUGUGGAGAAGAGUCUGUUCUCCUGGACCGCAAGAGCGGGAGGCAGUACUCCAUCGGGGCCGCCCUGCGCUGCCGGCGCAUCUCCAAGGAGGAGUACCAUCUCUACAAGGACGGCCAGCUCCCCAUCUCCGAGUUUGCCCUGCUUGUGGCAGGGGAGACCAAGCCCUGCUCCUCCCUCUCCAUUGGCUCCAUCAUCUCCAAAUCCCCGCUUGCCUCCCCGGCCCCCCAGAGCACCAGUUUCUUCUGUCCCAGCUUCUCCCUUGGGCUCAGCGAUGACAGCUUCCCCAUUGCCGGGGUCUACGACACAACCACAGACAACAAAUGCACCAUCAAGAUGGCAGUGGCCAAGAACAUGCUGGACCCCAUCACUGGGCAGAAGCUGCUGGAGGCCCAGGCAGCUACGGGGGGCAUCGUGGACCUCCUCAGCUGGGAGCGCUACUCCAUACACAAGGCCCUGGAGAGGGGGCUGAUCGAGAACACCUCGACGCAGAGGCUGCUCAAUGCCCAGAAGGCCUUCACAGGCAUCGAGGACCCCAUCACCAAGAAGAGGCUGUCGGUGGGCGAGGCCAUCCAGAAGGGCUGGAUGCCCCGGGAGAGCGCGUUCCCGCACCUGCAGGCGCAGUACCUGACCGGCGGGCUCAUCGACCCCAGGAGGACAGGCCGCAUCCCGGUCCCCGAGGCUGUGCUGUCUGGGAUGAUCAGUGAAGAACUGGCGCAGCUCCUACAGGAUGAGGCCAGCUACGAGAAGGAUCUGACAGACCCCAUCUCCAAGGAGCGGCUGAGCUACAAGGAGGCCAUGGGACGUUGCCGGAAAGACCCCCUGAGUGGCCUGCUGCUCCUCCCAGCAGCGCUGGAGGGCUACCACUGCUACCGCACAGCCUCCCCCACCCUACAGCGCUCCCUGUGCUGAUGAGGCCACGCCACUCUCACUGGGGGCGUACGAGGGGGAGAGGUAGGGUGCUUGCACCCCUUGUCCCUGGGCAGUCUAAUCCGAGGGGCUGGGCCGUCCCUCUGUCUGAUCGCUGUUCCAUUAUUCAAGUCAGUGGUGUUGGGCUCCCUGCCCUAACGUUGAUGCCCAAUCCCUGCCCAGACCUGAAGUCCAGCAGACCUGAUUUUCCUCCCUCCCCCACCCCCUGCUUCCAAUAAACUGAUUCUGCCAGUGUUUCUUUCACA